GAGACCUCAAAUCUUAACUACUUUUACUUUGCUUUAAGUUUUUGUAAGUCCUGGGUAAUUCAUCUUAUCGGAAAUAUACGCAAAAUCUUAAACAGUCAUCAUGAGUACCAUAGGAAUACGCCAACGAAGAGGAGAAAGUUCCACGUCUGCUUACUCUACAGCACGCCUCAGUUUCGGAGAAUGGCCAGAACCAUGGCAAGAAAAUUCUCUAGUGCCGGGUGGGCGGGAAGAAACCUCAGAAGAAGAUCAAGGGCCCGCCGAAACUCCCGAUCCUCGUUCGGAUGUCUCUGAAUCUUCCUCCCAUAUUUCUACGGGCGAAGAAAAAAGACGCGAAACAGAAGGGAAAUUCGUAAGAUUUGCUGCGGAGGAAGCUCUUCAACAAAAGAUAGAUCUCAAUACGCCACUUGAUACCGCUGGUAUCCCCGACUCCAAAGCCCAUAAAUCCACACCGACGCCUAGAACAUGGACAGAAACAAGAGAAAAUAAAUUCUACGUCUACAAAGCACCGCAAAAAGUAAGCUUUAUCAAGCCCUGGACCUGGCGAUUUCCCCGCUGGAAUUCCACGUCGACCAAAACAACAAAGACGGUAGGAGAAGGACACUACCAUGCCCACAAAGAGCGUCCCAGACAGGCUCCCAAAAAUGUUCCCAAUUCCAGCCUCCUCAUGUUCUGGACGUGGAAUUGGCAAGCUCCGAAACCCGUAUCGUGGAUUCCAAUUUACCCGUCCUAUCACCCCGAGAAAGACGAUCCGGAGCUGAAAAUCUUCAUUGCGUAUAAAUGUGGGCAUCGUUUUCCUACACGCGUGAUUUCCGGUCCUUCCUGGACGGCCUCUUCGCCCUCAUCCCCCUACACCCCCAACACGCCCACCUUCCCCAGAAGCGGUAGCACAAGCGGACAUCCGCACAUCAUUCCGCUCCCUUCCUUGAAAAUCGAGACCCUUCGUGCCGCGGCACGACAGGAGGGAGUCAAGAACAUAAUCUCCCCCGAGAACUUUAUGUGUCCCAAUUGUUUCAUAUGGUGGCAAUUCUACGCGGGGUUAUACUCUACAGUAAUUAUCUGGGCUGUCCUUGGGUGGUACUUUUGUUUUGUAUGGCCUUAUACGUGGUGGGCUACGACUGAGACAGGGGAACCACAGAGAUAUGUAUUUGUUGCUCAAUUUGAUAAUCAUCGUGAAGGAUCUUAUUCCGGCCAGGCAAUGGCAGGGCUUUUGACGAUGAUUUUCGUGGUUUGGGUGGGGAUUUAUUGGAAAUCUAUAUUGAAGUGGGUGUGGCCAAAAAAGAGGGAGGAAGUGAAUUUUGUGACGAGACGAUAAUCAGUUUUGUGUAAUAGGAAUCUUUUGAGUGCUCUACAUCCUCUGCAAGGUCCACAUCUAGUUAUACUUUCUGUAUUCUUUAAAAUUUGACACGGAAAGCUUGAAUGACUGGAUGACUAAAGGCCA